CACAACUUAUUAUUCUUUGCUCUCGAGGAGGAGACACACACACACACUCUGAGAGGAAUACGGUAAAAUUCACCUUCACACCAAAACAACCACGUCCACUGAAAGUACAGCUGCAAGAGGGAACACUGGGAACACUGGGAUUACUGGAAUACUUGAAUUUUAACCUCCUGCAGACUCCACGUCAUGAACUGGAAGAGCCACGGCUCAAAGUGAAAGUAACUUUUAAGGAAGCUUCUAGACUGACUGACUUUGCUGUUUGCCGUGGUCACAGUUUCACUCAGCGACAAAAUGUCCUCCGGAUCAGAAGAAGAUCUGUCCUGUCCCAUCUGCCAUGACAUCUUUAAAGAGCCUGUUGUUCUGUCAUGUAGCCACAGCUUCUGUAAAGACUGUGUGCAGAGAUGGUGGAGAGAGAAAGAAACACGUGAGUGCCCUUUCUGUAAGAGAAGAUCAUCAAAGAGUGAUCCUCCUCGUAACCUGUCGUUAAAGAACCUGUGUGAGACCUUCUUACAGGAGAGGGAGAGGAGAGCUUCAGCAGGGUCUGAGCCUCUCUGCAGUCUGCACUCUGAGAAACUCAAACUCUUCUGUCUGGACCAUCAGGAGCCGGUGUGUGUUGUCUGUCGAGAUUCCAAAAAACACACUAACCACAGUUUCAGUCCCAUCGAUGAAGCAGCACACGAUCACAAAGAGAAACUCCAGAAAUCGCUGAAGCCUUUACAAGAGAAACUGAAGCUCUUUGAAGAAGUUAAAGGAAACUGUGAUCAAACAGCAGAACACAUUAAGGUCCAGGCCCAACACGCAGAGAGGGAGAUUAAGGAGCAGUUUAAGAAGCUUCACCAGUUUCUACAAGAGGAAGAGGAGGCCAGGAUCACUGCUCUGAGGGAGGAAGAGGAGCAGAAGAGGCAGAUGAUGAAGAAGAAGACUGAGGCUCUGAGCAGAGAGAUAGCAGCUCUGUCAAACACAAUCAGAGCCACACAAAAGGAUCUGAGAGCUGAAGACGUCUCAUUCCUGCAGAACUACAAGGCUGCAGUCAAAAGAGUCCAGCAGCGUCCCCUGCUGGAUGAUCCAGAGCUGGUCUCAGGAGCUCUGAUAGAUGUGACCAAACACCUGGGCAACCUGACCUUCAACAUCUGGCGCAAGAUGAAGGAGAUGGUCUCCUACACUCCUGUGAUUCUGGAUCCAAACACCGCCGACCCAGAACUCUUCGUAUCUGAAGAUCUGACCAGCGUGAGAUCUGGACAGCGACAACAGUCUCCAAAAAACCCAGAGAGAACCAAAUUCUCCUGCUCCGUUCUCGGCUCUGAAGGUUUUAACUCAGGGACUCACAGUUGGGACGUUGACACUGGAGGCAACAAGGACUGGGAACUGGGCGUGUUGGGAGAGCACAUCAAGGUGAAAGAACGCCAACAGCCUGGAUUGUGGAGAAUUAUGUUCUCCAACGGGAAAUACACAGCAUUCUCCACGUCAGGCUCAGAGAACGAUCUGGCACUGAAGAAGAAUCUGCAGAGGAUCAGAGUUCAUCUGGACUUUGCCAAGGGACAGCUGCUGUUCUCUGAUCUUGACACUAACACACACAUUCACACUUUCAAACACACUUUCACUGACACUCUGUUUCCAUACAUUUACACUGAGAAUCACGUCCCACUGAAGAUUCUACCAGUGAAGGUUUGUGUGAUGAUGGAAAAGCGUCAUAAAUAGAUUAUUAUGAUAGGGUUGGACAACUUGACAAUAUUAACCAUGAGAUUAAAUUUACCAAACUCCCUUCUCUAACUGUGGGCAAAGCUGGGUUUACAGGAUUGUGGAAUGAGGUGCGCUGAUUUUACUUGAUUAUUACAUUUUAUUUUGUCUAUAGCUUGGAUACAGAUAAAAAUGAUGGAAGUUUUUCUCAGAACCUUACAGUGACGUAUAUGGCCAUGUUUUUCAGCAAAAUCCUCCUCUGAUGAAUCAAGACGAUGAAUGCUGAUUAUGAACAAAAUGGUUCUCAUACUAUUUAUUACACACACACACACACACACAUAUAUACAUAUAUAUAUAGCGAUGACAAGCGAUGGGCAGGCAGAAAGGUGUAGUACUUAAAAAUAUAUGUUAACAGUAUGAAUUUAUGAACUGAUGAAAUGAAAUGAUUUUCUAUCAUAGAAACUAGAUCUAUAUCAUUUUUUGAUUUUUCUAAGAUUUAUCUUUGGAUUGUUCUGAUUGUGUGACCAAUAAAAAUUGAGUUAAAAGAACAGUU